AAUGUUCGAGUCUAUAAAAUAUAUAAAUAAAUAAAUUAUUUUUCUCACUAAAAAGUGAUAUAUUCUUGACUAUAAAAUAAGUAACAUGAAUUUAUUGGAAGGUUUAGAAUAUAAUAAUAUUUGUAUGCAAUGUAAUCAAAAAGUGAUAAAUUAUCCAAAUCAACUUUGUAGGAGACAAUUUCUUUCUUCUUCGCGAAUAAAUGAAUAUAGUGAAAUUCGUAGCGUACAAUUUAAUGACAAAACAAGUGGAAAUUUUAAAUUGGAUGAAUUUAUUAAUGAAACUCAAUUAAAUUCAAAAUAUUGUGAUGAUUUUAUCGAAUGGAUUCCACAUUCAAAUUUAGAAAAUGUAAAAUAUUUAACAAAUGGAGGAAAUUCCAAAGUUUAUUUUGGAAAUUGGAAUUUAAUGUUAAACAUGUCUUUGGCUUCAAUAGUUUCAAAUCAAUUAUCUUUUAAAGUUGCUUUAAAAGCCAUUAAUGAUUCCGAUAACAUUAAUGAUCAUAUCCUCAACGAGCUUAAAAUUCACCAUCAAUGCCGUAAUCCAAGAGUUGUGCCAUUCUAUGGAAUAACAAAAGCACCUAAAGGAAAUGAAUACGCCAUGGUAAUAAGACAUGCAAAACAUGGAGAUCUACGAAAUUAUAUUUGUGAUUUUUUUCCAAAAUUAACUUGGACCGAUAGAGUAAAGAUUCUUAUUGAGCUUUCAAAAGCUUUAAAUUCUAUUCAUCAAAUGAAUUUACUUCAUAAGGAUUUCCAUUGUAAAAAUAUUUUAGUAGACGAAGGUGAUAGAAUUUUUAUAAGCGAUUUUGGACUUUGUCAACCAAUUGACUCUGAAAUAGCUUCGGAUAACAUUCAAGGAGUUUUACCUUAUAUCGCUCCUGAAGUUCUAACAUGUAAACCAUAUACAAAACAAUCGGAAGUAUAUAGUUUAAGCAUGAUAAUGUGGGAGUUAGCUUCAAAGAAGCCUCCAUUUUCAAAUAGUUAUAAUCAUGAUAUAGGACUUGCACUUGCAAUUCUUGAUGGACUGAGACCUGAAAUUGUUGAAGGGACACCAGAUUUUUACGCUGAUUUUAUGAGACAAUGUUGGAAUUCUAAUCCAUUAGAAAGACCUGAUGCCUCCCUUUUACCAAAAUUAUUUGAAGAAAUGUUGGAACUAUGUAAAAUGGCUGAUAAUAAUGCAAUUUUAUCAAAAGUGCAAUCUAGUUUUGUAACCAAUAAUAGUGAUAAACCAGGAUAUGAUACUAGAGCAUUUGAUUUAAGUCUUAAUAUGGGACCAACCAGUUACUCUAAUAAAGGAAAAGCAAUUAUGAUAAAUAUGAACAAUUCUGUAGAUGAUAUGGAAUUAUCACCUCAGUCUGCAACAAAUUCAUAUGAGAACAGAUUUCAACCAAAUUAUGAGACCAAAGCAUAUGAAUAUACUCUUAAAGUUCCUUCAGUUCGUAAGUUUAAAUUAUAUUAUAACUUAUUGUUUGAUAAUUAA